CCGUACGGAAACGUGAUUGCUAGGCAACCUGACGCUGAAGUCCAUCUGCCGUUGAGGCGCAACGCAUCUGCACGAGUGGAGGGAAGCUGACAUCAGAAGAGAUGUCGGGAUCCGGCUAUCGGGAUAACCGUGAUUACCGCCGGAGUUCGGAACGCGAUCGUACCUAUGAUGAUGGAAGAUACGGAGGCCGCGAUGCCGCAUGCAAGAGAGGCCGUGAUGGGCGACGCAAUCGCUAUCCUGAAGAUGAGCGGAGCACGGGUUAUCGUGAGGGAGUGACGCGUCCGCAGGUUACAUGUUUUGAGUGCGGGGAGCCAGGGCAUUACCGCAAUCAAUGCCCUACGUUGAUUGGAGAAUCCAGUACUCAACGAGGUCGAUCGGCCUCACCAGGGUACGUGGCAAGAGGAGUCGUGAAGCGUCCCUCGUCUGAGGAACCUGCUCUCCGUAAGCAGCUGGAGGUUUUGACAUCCACUAUGGCCAGCAUGAAGAGCUUCAUUGACGCUGAACAAGCACGUAAGGACAAGGAGGAAAGACAGAGGAAGGAGUCCAAGAAGCGUGAACAAGAGAAAGCUGAACAACUUCGACGGGAGACCGAGGAGCAACUGGUGCGUGAACGACGAGCACGCAAGAAAGAAGACAAGAAGAAGAAAGAAGCUGAAGACCGAGCAGCCCUGCGCAAGGAGUUACGCAUGGAUAUGAGACUCCAUAUGGGAGCGAUGUGUGAAGGCGUUCACGAUCGCAUCAUACAGACGAUGCUAUCGGAAGGAAAGAAGGGGAAAGCGAAGACCACUGAGUAUAACUCUGAUUACUCGGACGGUGACUCGGAUGAUAGCGAAGUCCAGGCUCUCAGCGAACAAACCGAGCGACUCAUGAUCAGCGAGAAAAGGAAGCGGGGUGAGGAAGAAUGUGGGGGGGAUAGUCCUCCUAUUGUUACACCCACUAAGCGCUUCACCAAGCGAGGAGUUUUGGACCCGAAGAAGCUGCUAUUGAGCGUUCGCCAUCAGCCGCUGAAGAAGCCAUCGCCCAAGAGGAUGACUCCUGCUUCACUACCUCCUCCCCUCAGCAAGCGCAAGAAGAUCCCAGCAUCGCCUGGUUUGAAAGGGAAACUAUGUUACGUUCAGGACAACCUGCGUAAUUUGGGGUCAUUUAAUAAGGACGAACUGAAGACGAUCUGUAGAGUGGAGGACGUAGCCUUUGAAGGCAAGAAGAUGGACAUCAUCUUAGCCAUUACCGAGAAGCAAGCCCACGUGGCUUAUGGGACCGAUGCGGAAAGCGACGACAAGACUACAGCCGAAGUACUGGCGCAGGAGAACUUACCUGAGGGUAACUCCGACGAGGACAAGGGGAGUGAACUUUGAACAAGCAGCCAAUACUGGAGAUUAUGCCGAGCCCUAGUCAUCGAACGGAAGAAUGGUACUUACGAUGAAGCACUGGAGAU